AUGUCUGCGGCGGCUAGGAGCGUGUCCCCGGGGGGCGCUCUCCUCCGCAGCUCGCGCAUGUUCAGCCUGCCGGCGCCGAUUCCCGAUCCGCCUUCAACCUCCGCGCUAGGGGACAAAUACUACAACGAAACGGCCACGCGCGCCUUCCCAACCCACCAGGUUAUCACGACGCUGAACUCGUCACGCCAGCGGGGAGAAUGGGGACUCAAGCGUCCUCUUCCGCUCAAGCCAACAACCAGGACCACGUACGCCAUGAUGCGCGUCAAGCACGUCGACACUCCGGAGCAGAUCACCGACUACGACCAGGGUACCGAUCACGGCCUCAUGCUGCGCAAGUUCCAGGAAUUGAAUAUGGCCAUCACAAUGCCUCUUAGCCGAUCGACCAGGGAGCUCGACGGGAAAUUCAUUCGGAAGCCCAUCUUCAACGACGCUGACGACUUUACGGCCACGGUCCCGGCGAGAAGGGUCGCCGAGGUUGAUACGCGCUGGAAGUUCACUGGGCCUUGGCUGGCCGGUAUGUCGCCAGGCGAAUUCCAAAAGUGGGUGGUCAAGAGCGUGAGGCCUAGACGGGCAGAGUUCCAGAAAUUCCUCAAGGAGCAGCUCGCUCUCGACAUGUCGGAACCCCUGCGCAACAAGGCUUUCGAAGACGGAGAGGAGAUGCCUGGGCCAGUAACUGCUUCCACUAUCACAGAUGACCAGCUGACCGAGUACCUGCGGAGACUUCGGCAUGACAAGCAGGAGCUCUACCACAUGGUUGGCACGUUCCUAGACCUUGCCCCGCUCAAGGCCCCUUCUAUCAUGGAACUCGCGGCUGCGGGAGAGGACACCUCCAAGGUCCACCUGCGCGACUCCAACAGCCCCUAUGCAGAGAUGGGCCCGCCUGUCACUCACCCGUCGGCUGGUCUCUCGUACCUUCGUACCGCAUACUACAUGAACAACCAUCCCAUCUACGGUCCGCAGAAAUUCCACACCCCCGUGGAGUCACGGGUCAUCAGACCACGCCGGACAGGGCUGGGUCUAGACGCAAAGCUCGGUGUCGCUGGAUUCAUUGCCCAGCCACCCAUUGGCGACACCCUUUCCAACAACGCCAAAAAGAAGGCCGAGGCACUGGAUAGGCUGGACCCGACCCUUGCCGGUGGUGCCAAGCUUUGGAUCGAACCCGUGAGGGCGACCGUCGACGCAACCGGACGUGUUGUCAUGGAUGUCGUGGAUGUUGACCUCGAGUCUCUGGUUGUGGCAAAAGAGUUGCUUGGAGAGCUCCAUGUAUUUGGAAAGCCGAAGAAACGCGAGCCGGUAAAGCGUGUAACUGCAGCGCAGGAUAUCAGGAACCGUUUCCGACAGAGGGUGGCACCCAUGCCGACAAUGUCGAGCCCGGAGCAAUACGGGACGCCGGCCCCAGCACGUUGA